UACUAGGAAGAUGGAUCGCGUUCCUGAACUUUUUACUGAACUGAGUAAUUGUGAAACUUUUUAAGAGUUAUUGACAAUGCAGUUGAAAUUCGGAAUUUCCGCCUGGUGAUUGGCAAACUUGCCAACCAGCGACGAUGGAAAACACCUCGGCAAUCGGCAACCGUUUCAUUCGUUUGGUUCCUACACUUGGAAGAUUUUUGAUAGAUGUCUAGUCAACAGGAAAUGUCGUCCGUGAUGUAGCCGUCGCUGAUAUUGACGAAAACUCCGGUUUAGGGAUUUAGCGACAAUAUUCAAACUUAAAGUGUUCGAGUUAAGAAAAAUUCAAACAAUCAAAUAAAAUUUAGAAAAAAAUCAGAAUCUACACAAAUUUAAGAUGUCGUUAAAGAUAAGAAAGAUGUCAUACUCCUUCGCGCUUGUAAAGAAUGUUUUUAAUUGAAAACAAUGUCGAUAUUGUGACAAGUUCUCCGGAGGACAUAUCGAGUACCUAAUCUCCAGCUGAUCGAAAGCAGCAUGUACUUUACGACCACAGAUUCUAACGAUCCACUUGAACAUCUUGCGCCAGGCAUUCAUUUUUUAUUGCCGGUAUAGCAUUCCACGGCCCUUCUCAGACUCAGCCAGUAGGUAGAGUAAAAAAUGAUGUUUGUUCAAGGAUUGUUCUUGCAGAUUCGGUCAAUGGUCUCCCGGAGAGGAAAAUCCCCCAUUCAAUGAAGCAGUAGUAUUCGGCGAAAUUUUGCAAACACGGACCCUGCUCUUCUGAAUUCUUUCAUUUUCCCCCUUUCCUUCUUUUGGCCGACCGUUCCCAGAACGUAGUGGCUUGGCUUCAUACCUGACCUGUGGCUAACGGAACAGAACACGAAACGAGUAAUACACAAAAUUUGUCAGUUGCAAAAAAACCAGAUUCAUCAGAAACCAUGGGAAGCGGAAUAAGUCACGUGGAUGAUCCCAGAGAGCCCACUCACAAAUUGAUUGCGGCUUGCAUCACUGGAAACCGAGAAGUGGAAUACGAACAUCUAACAGAUACCACACAGCAAACCGAGUGUUGCUUUCCGACGACAAACAGACCAUCGAGAUCGUCAGCCAGAUCAAUCAACGAAGCAGAAGUAGAGCAGAAAAUCCUCGCGCGCAUAAGUCAAAUCAAACACGCGGACGACAGCUUUCACAUGGAGAAGAAGAUGUUGCGUCAGAACAAGAACGUUCCAAUUGGUCGCAGUUCCAGUCCUACGAGAGAUUCCUGCAGUCAUUGCGAGCACGAGCACCAGCAACCCUGCUGUUUGUACACGGGCGAUAACAAGGAAGACCUCCUAAUGUAUCCACGUUGGAAGAGUCAUCUAGAACAAACGACGAUUGCGCCCGGCGAGUUCCCACUGAUACCUGAAGCAAUUUCAGCCGGCAGCACACCAAACUGGUUUCCGACCACCACGUCGAUUGAACCCCUGUUUCAGCAGCUUAACUCGCUUCACAAAACGACAUCGUCGGUUGAUUCACGCCGAUCCAUUCCGAGCUCACGCGAACGACGACCAACGCAGGUGUUCUACUACAUCACCGUGCUGAACGAGUUAGAUAACGACCUGGAAGUGUUGCCAGAGCAGCGCCCGACACCCUAUCAGUUGUACAUGCAACAGCAAGUGAGUCGAAAAGAGCCACAGGUCAUCGUUUGGAUGCCAGCCAAUUCGCGGCAGCAAGAGAAACCAGCCGAAGAAAUGGUUCCAACGUCAACGCCAACACCGCCGCCGGUGUUCCGAUCGCUUAAACCGAAACUACCGCCUUCGAGUUCCAGCUUUCAGAUUGUCAAAACCUACCGUCGUCGGGUUGAUUCGUAGGUUUGGCAGAUGAUCCAGAGGAGUGCUGAGAGUUUCGUACUACAAUUGUAAAUAUAGAAAAAAAAAAUCAAUCUAAUUGUCCAUAAAUCAAACUAAGUGUA